GCUUGCAUUUUCCAGACGAAGUUGACUCUCCAGAGUGGGGAAAAGCGCGCGCGAACAUUGUGUUACUCAUUGUGUCCCGUGCAGUAUUGUGGUACAGCUCAACAAGUGGUUGCCAAGGGAUCUGAACGGAUAAUUGGUUUGAUUUUCGGGCAAAAUGUCUCAACCACCGGCCGUUAGGAAUCUGAAGGAGUUUCUCGAACCCGUACUGGAACCGGGCGUGAAGGUGUUGGGUUACAAAUCGACAUUCUUGACCGCACCCGGUGACAACUAUGGCAGCACGAUGUUGGCCUUGACCGUUGAUGUAACCAGUGCACGCGAGGAUGAGCCCGAGCAGCUCCAGCUGGUUGCCAAAAUGCGCCCCACAAGUGAAGAGUUCCUGGAGAUAUUCCAAAUUGACGUCACGUUCGUCAAGGAAGCGGCCCUAUACUCGCAGAUAGUUCCAGCCAUGAUCAAGUUACAACGGGAGAUGGAAUUUCCGGAAGACGAAACCGUUGACCUGUUUUGUCGGUGCUACAAUACGAGGGUUUCGUUGGAUCCGAGCUGCAGCAAGGUGGAUGCCGAUGGGGUGAUGUUGCUGGAGAAUCUCAAACUGGCCGGGUAUAUCACCGAAGACAGGAGGAUGGGAUUCAACCGAGAGUUGGCCGAGUUCAUACUUAGGAAACUUGCCCUGUUCCAUGCCAUUCCGAUAGCUUUGCGUUUCCUGAAACCGGAGGUGUUUGAGUCGAGCAUACAGAAGUACCUAGUGAAAAUAGACAUAGAUGCGAGCCUGAACGAGCAAACCAUCCGACGCAUGAUAAACGUCUUUGGCGCUGAUUUGGUUAAGGCUGGUGUGAGAGAGCCUUUGAUAAAGCGGAUACUGGAACUGAUUGACGAUUGUCGCACCCGCCAGGCGAAUCUGAUAUCGGACGAAACCACCCAGUACUGUUCGAUGCUGCACAAUGAUUUGUGGGUUAACAAUAUGAUGAUAAAAUAUGAUGAUGUCAAAGGGAAACCAAUGGGGCUAAAAUUUGUGGAUUUCCAACUUAUUCAGUUGGACUCACUCGUGCGGGAUAUUUUGUUUUUCCUCCUCACCAGCGUUUCGGAUCCGGAUCUGGACAGCAACAUGGACGAUUACUUUAAGGUUUACUUCGAAGGCUUACGGAUAGAUUUGGCCAGACUCAAAUGUCCCAAUUUAAGUCAAUUCACUUAUCAAAGUUUUUCGGAGGAAAUCAAUCGAAUCGCACCGCGGGAGCUGUACCACAUCGUAUUUAUGCUGCGGGUGGUGCUGGCCAAAAAGGAAUCCAUUCCCGAGCACAGCGAACUGGUCGCGGAGCUAUUUUGCAAUGAUAAUCUCGUCGAGGAGGACUACUUUCGUAAGCUGUUGUCAGUGGUGCAGAUUUACGACAAGAAAGGAUGGGUUUAAUCUAGUCACAGUUGGUGCUAUCCGAGAUAGACAAACUAUAAAAAAAAAUACCAAAUGGAUGGAUGUACAAAUACAGUGAUAUAAACCAAAGAUAUCGAAUGGAAGAGAUGGUGGUCAGUGUGAAAUGAAAUAAAGUUUUAAAUGUGAAGACGCCGUGGAAUGCGAUAAUAAAAAUACUUUAUGGUGUGAUUGAAAUUCCCCGAGAGA